AAUUUCAAGAUGAGUGCUGAUGACUUUGACGCCGCUGUUAAAUAUGUGUCUAACACUACUACCAUGAUGGCGUCUAAUGACGACAAGUUAUGUUUUUACAAGUACUACAAGCAGGCCACUGUAGGUGAUUGCAACAAGCCGAAGCCUGGCAUGCUACAGCUUCAGGAGAAGUACAAGUGGGAGGCUUGGAAUGCUCUGCGUGGCAUGUCGACGGAGUCUGCCAAGGAGGCGUAUGUAAAAUUGCUUGACACAUUAGCUCCAUCCUGGAGGAAUUGAUUUAUACUGUCGCGUUACCACUGCAAAAAGCGCCAAGAAUGUAGCUUGGUUUAUAUUGCGAAAUAACUAUGUUGAUUGAUAUGUCGUUUUCAUAAUGUAAGGUGUUGACUCAUUCCGGUGGGAACAAAACACCUACAAAUUGACACGAUUACUUUUGUAUAUAUACUACACUC